AUGAGGGUGCCCAGUUGUUCGGUGUGCCAGAAUAAAUACAACGAGGAUGAGCGGUGCCCUCUUCUACUCCAAUGCGGUCAUGGGUUCUGUCGCGAGUGUCUAUCUAAGAUGUUUUCUGCAUCCACCGAUUGCUCACUUUCUUGCCCCCGCUGCCGUUUCGUGUCCACCGUUGGGAAUUCCGUGACUGCUUUGAAAAAGAAUUACGCCAUUUUGUCCUUGAUCCAGAGUUCCCUUUCUGUAGAUGAUGACGACGACGAGGAUGAGGACGAUGAUGAUGGCGAUGGCCAUGUGGGUCGGGAAGAAAAGACUUCUUUAACUACUAGCAAUAAUUGUUAUCGAAAUAAUUCUUAUGGUAGUGGUGGUUGUAAUAAUGGAAGUAGACGAAUAGAGGAUGAUUAUAAGAGAAGGCGGGGACGUGAGGUCCAAGUGGAGGGAGGUGGGGGAUUAGAUUUGCGGGUGCAUAAGGAGGUGAAUUUGGUUAGGAGAAUUGGGGAUGGGAGUAGUUGGAAGGCAGGAGCGGAGAUGUGGGCGGCAGUGGUGUCGGGGAGGGGGUGUAAGCACAAAUUGGCAGUGAAGAAGGUGCCAAUCAAGGAGGAGACGGAUGUGAUGUGGCUGCAAGAGCAGCUGGAGGAGCUGAGGAGGAAGUCCAUGUGGUGCCGGAGUGUGUGUGCUUUUCAUGGAGCUAUGAGGAUGGACAACAGCCUUUGCUUAGUAAUGGAUAGGUGUUAUGGGUCCGUCCAGACUGCAAUGCAGCAGAAUGAAGGGCGCCUCACACUUGAACAGAUCCUGAGAUAUGGGGCGGACAUUGCCCGUGGAGUCGCCGAGCUCCAUGCAGCUGGUGUUGUUUGUAUGAAUAUUAAACCAUCCAAUCUUCUCUUGGAUGCAAAUGGUCAUGCUAUGGUUUCUGAUUAUGGGCUUCCAGCAAUUCUAAAGAAGCUUGAUUGUCGAAAAGCUCAAACAGAGUGUGAAUCCUCCAAAGUUCAUUCAUGUAUGGAUUGCACAAUGCUUAGCCCAAAUUACACUGCCCCAGAGGCAUGGGAACCAGUUAAAAAGUCGCUGAAUCUUUUCUGGGAUGAUGCUAUUGGCAUAUCGCCGGAGUCAGAUGCCUGGAGCUUUGGUUGUACAUUAGUAGAAAUGUGCACUGGUUCUACUCCCUGGGCUGGUUUAAGUGCUGAGGAAAUCUAUCGGUCUGUAGUCAAAGUUCGACGACAACCUCCUCAAUAUGCAAGUGUAGUGGGUGUGGGAAUACCUAGGGAAUUGUGGAAGAUGAUUGGUGACUGCCUCCAGUUCAAGGCAUCUAAAAGACCAACUUUUAAUUCAAUGUUAGCAGUGUUUCUUCGCCACUUGCAAGAGAUUCCUCGAAGCCCUCCUGCAAGCCCUGAUGUUGAUUUGCCUACAAACCCUGGAAUAAAUGGGACAGCUCUUUCUCCAUCGGCUGCUGAUCUAGAGGUUCCCCAAGCCAAUCCCAAUCUUUUACUCCGACUUGUCUCUGAAGGCAAUCUGGAUGGAGUUAGAGAUUUUCUUGCAAAGACUGCUUCAGGUCACAACGGCAAUUUGCUACUUUCUCUGCUGGAAGCACAGAAUGCAGAAGGUCAAACGGCUCUCCACCUUGCUUGUAGGAGGGGUAGCGUUGAACUCGUUGAAGCGAUUUUGGAGUACAAAGAGGCAAAUGUUGAUGUCCUCGAUAAAGAUGGCGAUCCUCCUCUUGUUUUUGCUCUGGCGGCUGGAUCGCCUGAAUGUGUCCGAGCUCUCAUCGGUAGAGAUGCUAAUGUCAGAUCAAGGUUAAGGGAAGGCCUUGGUCCAUCCGUUGCUCAUGUCUGUGCCUACCAUGGCCAACCAGAUUGCAUGCGUGAGUUAUUGUUGGCUGGUGCUGAUCCAAAUGCAGUUGACGACGAUGGUGAAUCUGUGCUUCACAGAGCUAUUGCCAAGAAAUAUACUGACUGUGCUAUUGUCAUAUUGGAAAACGGAGGCUGUAAAUCAAUGGGCAUUGUGAACUCCAGGGAUUUGACACCACUUCACUUGUGCGUCACAACAUGGAAUGUUGCUGUUGUCAAAAGGUGGGCCGAACUUGCAUCUGCAGAAGAGAUUGCUGACGCUAUUGAUAUUCCAUGCUCUGUUGGAACAGCAUUAUGCAUGGCAGCUGCCUUGAAGAAAGAUCACGAAUCUGAGGGCAGAGAAUUGGUAAGGAUUCUGCUAGCUGCCAGAGCUGACCCGACAGCUCAAGAUGCCCAGCAUGCCCACACUGCUCUGCAUACUGCUGCCAUGGCCAAUGACAUUGAGUUAGUCAAGAUUAUUUUGGAAGCUGGGGUUGAUGUGAACACCAGGAAUGUGCAGAAUACCAUACCUCUCCAUGUGGCAUUGGCCAGAGGUUCAAAGUCUUGCGUUGGAUUGCUUUUAUCUGCUGGGGCAAAUUGCAAUUUGCAGGAUGAUGACGGUGACAAUGCUUUUCAUAUAGCAGCCGAUACGGCAAAAAUGAUACGUGAAAAUCUUGAUUGGAUCAUUUUUAUGCUUAAAUAUCCAAACGCUGCGGUUGAUGUUAGAAAUCACAGUGGCAAGACAUUAGGAGACUUCUUGGAGGCUCUUCCCCGGGAAUGGAUUUCUGAAGAUUUAAUGGAGGCACUUGUGGAGAAGGGAGUUCAUUUAUCUUCAACCACAUAUCAAAUUGGAGACUGGGUGAAAUUUAGAAGAAGCAUCACAACACCAACAUAUGGUUGGCAAGGUGCAACACAUAGGAGUGUUGGUUUCGUACAAAGUGUCCCAGACAACGACAAUCUCACUGUGUCCUUUUGCACUGGUGAAGCCAAGGUACUGGCAAAUGAAGUCAUAAAGGUGAUUCCACUUGACAGAGGACAGCACGUGCAACUUAAGCCAGAUGUCAAAGAGCCAAAAUUCGGUUGGCGUGGUCAAUCGCGUGACAGCAUUGGAAUAGUUCUUUGUGUCGAUGAUGAUGGAAUUCUGCGUGUCGGUUUUCCUGGAGCAUCCAGAGGAUGGAAAGCUGAUCCUGCAGAAAUGGAAAGAGUUGAAGAAUUCAAGGUCGGGGACUGGGUUCGCAUACGGCCCACACUGACUACAGCUAAACACGGAUUAGGAUCUGUAACUCCAGGAAGCAUUGGCGUGGUGUACUGUAUUAGACCAGAUAGUAGUCUUUUACUGGAACUAAGCUAUCUUCCAGCUCCGUGGCAUUGCGAACCUGAGGAGGUCGAACAUGUUGAGCCAUUUAGGAUUGGUGAUCGGGUUUGUGUAAAGCGCUCUGUUGCUGAGCCAAGAUAUGCUUGGGGUGGUGAAACCCAUCAUAGCAUUGGAAGAAUUAGUGAGAUAGAGAAUGAUGGUCUGCUGAUAAUUGAAAUUCCCAAUCGACCUAUUCCAUGGCAGGCUGAUCCUUCUGACAUGGAAAAGGUCGAGGAUUUCAAGGUAAGAGAUUGGGUUAGAGUAAAGGCAUCUGUUUCCUCCCCAAAAUAUGGGUGGGAGGACGUAACGAGGAACAGCAUUGGUAUAAUUCAUUGUUUGGAGGAGGAUGGUGAUAUGGAAGUUGCAUUUUGCUUCAAGAGCAAACUUUUCCGCUGUUCUGCGACAGAUGUGGAGAAGGUUCCACCUUUUGAAGUAGGACAAGAGAUACAUGUGAUGCCUUCUGUUACUCUGCCUCGGCUUGGAUGGUCCAGUGAGACACCUGCGACUGUUGGGAAAAUUGCAAGGAUCGACAUGGAUGGUGCUUUAAAUGUAAAAGUUGCUGGAAGACAUACUUUGUGGAAAGUUUCUCCCGGAGAUGCAGAACGGCUUCCAGGAUUUGAAGUAGGUGAUUGGGUGCGCUCCAAACCAAUCAUGGGGACUAGGCCCAGUUAUGAUUGGAACAGUAUUGGAAAAGAAGGUUUAGCUGUUGUGCAUAGUAUACAGGAUACUGGUUAUCUAGAAUUAGCUUGCUGUUUUCGUAAGGGAAGGUAUCCAACCCAUUAUACUGAUGUUGAAAAGGUUCCUGAUUUUAAGGUUGGGCAACAUGUAAGGUUUCGAAGUGGACUCGUUGAGCCAAGAUGGGGCUGGCGAGGUGCUCAUCCUGAUUCUUGUGGGAUUGUAGCCAGUGUCAAUGCCGAUGGAGAAGUGAGGGUUGCAUUCUCAAGUUUACAGGGGUUAUGGAGAGGGGAUCCUGCUGAUCUUGAAGUAGAGCAAAUGUUUGAAGUGGGAGCAUGGGUCAAAUUGAAAGAGAACGCGAGUAGUUGGAAACCCAUAUCGCAAGGUAGCAUUGGCGUAGUGCAAGGAAUUGGGUUUGAAGGAAAUGAAUGUAAUGAAAAUAUUAUUGUAGGAUUCUGUGGAGAGCAAGAACUAUGGGUAGGAAAUUUUUCUUAUCAUAAAAGAGUUGAUAAACACCUGGUUGGGCAGCGGAUCGAAGUUAAGAACUCUGUCAAGCAGCCUAGGUUUGGGUGGUCAGGACACAACCAUGCAAGUAUAGGGACCAUAUCGGCUAUUGAUGCAGAUGGAAAGCUGAGAAUAUAUACACCGGCUGGCUCAAAAGCUUGGGUGCUCGAUCCUUCCGAGGUGGAGAUCCUUGAGGAACAGAAACUUCAUGUUGGAGACUGGGUUAGGGUUCGGGAAAAUGUUUCUACUCCUACUCACCAGUGGGGAGACGUACGUCACUCAAGCAUUGGAGUGGUGCACCGUUUAGAAGAUGAAGAUCUUUGGGUGGCUUUCUGCUUUAUGGACCGGCUAUGGCUUUGUAAAUCAUGGGAAAUGGAAAAGGUUAGACCCUUUAAAGUUGGAGACAAGGUGAAAAUCAAAGAUGGAUUAGUGACGCCUCGAUGGGACUGGGGUAUGGAAACUCAUGCAAGUAAAGGUGAGGUGGUAGGAGUCGAUGCAAACGGGAAGUUGAGGGUUAAGUUUCGAUGGCGAGAAGGGAAGCCGUGGAUUGGAGAUCCCGCUGAUAUUGUUCUCGAUGAGAAUUCGCCCUUGACAACUGGUAUGGCGUAA